CACUGACCGCCAGCAUGGGGCCGGCGCUGCUCCUGGGGCUGCUUCUCUCCCGAGCCGGAGACCUCAUGGCUCUGCCCAGCAGUGACUGUGUCAUGGCAGAGCAGCUAUGCCUCUCUGACUCCACCUGCAAUGCCACAUACAGGACCCUGGAAAACUGUGCCCUGGCCAAGACUCACCUCCUUUCACUGGAUCACAAUAGCAGGGUCAGAUGUCUGAAUGCAGAGCUUGACCUUGGGAACAGCUCUUUGCUGCACUGCAAGUGUCACCGGCGCAUGAAGAGACAGGAGCACUGCUUACGCAUUUUCUGGACUGUUCACUCCAGCAUGACAGAUGGUUAUCUCAAUUUGGAGACCUCUCCCUAUGAGAAUCCAGCAAAUGAAGAACACUGGAAGACAGAUUAUAAUAAACUGGCAGCUCUGGUGUCAGGCUCACAGUUAGCGGGAGACGCAACAAAUCCAUGUCUGAGAGCAACACACAUCUGUAACCUGAGCAAGAAGUGUUUUCGUCUGCGCACAGACUAUGCCUCCAUCUGCACCAAGGGAGCAGGAAGUGAGGAUGUGUGUGACCGGCGCAAGUGCCACAGAGGGCUAAGGAAUUUCUUUGAAAAAGUUCCUGAGGAUUUCACCAAAAGGAUCCUGUUCUGUCCAUGUCAAGAUGAAUUUUGUGGAGAAAGACGCCGCAAAACUAUUGUUCCUGAUUGUUCCUUCCAGUAUAACACCAAACCAAAUUGCCUCUGGCUUCUGGACUCCUGCUUAGAAGACCAUAUCUGCAAAUCCCGACUGGCUGACUUCCAACAAAAUUGUCAACCUGUAGACAUGUCUCCAGACGGCUGCUCUUUGCACAACCAUGCUGCAUGCCUGCAGGCUUACAUGGGGAUGAUUGGCACACCCAUGACACCCAACUAUGUCAGUAACUCCAGCGUGGAAGUUUCCCUGUGGUGUACAUGUGAGAACAGCGGCAACCAGAAGGAGAAAUGUGACCAGAUACUCGGCAUGUUUGAGAGCAACAAAUGUCUUGAAAAUACCAUUUGGUCUCAAAUGCAUCUGAAGCAGACAGCUCUAGAAAGACAGGAAGACUUACUUUAUUCAUCUUCCCUAAGCUUCCAAGGAGACAGUGCCAGCACAUCUCUCUCUUCAGCAAUGUCCCAGGUGGCUGAAGGGAAGACACAGCGAGACAGCUCCAAACAGAGCGCUAUGCCUAUGGCCUCCUCUGUAUUUUCUGGAGCUGCUACUUCCUGGCCUUCUCUGGCUCUGUUCCUGCCCCUGUUGCUUAGCCCACAUUAAUGUGGCAUAAAUAGAAUCUUUCCUUCUCAUAUUAUUAAUAUUGUUCCAUAUCCAGGCAUGUCCCAAUACAGAUUUACCUUUGGGAAACAGAAGGCUUUCAGACAAGAGGAAUGGCCUUAACCCAGAAUGGCAAUCACUGGAAACCUCCCACAUACUUGCACCCCACUUUCCCCCUGUCAGUUUGCACUUAGCUCUGCAGGUAGAGUUCUCACCAUUGCUUCUGCUGUGUACACAUUCUGAGUAACAGGCUAAUGUUCCAGCUUAAUAGGUUAAAUCAAAGGUCUGAUUUCUUUCAGAAUUUGUGCAGAGUUUGGAUUUCUGACUGUAGGGAUGAUCUGACAGUGUCUCUGACCACCCCACCCUCUGAAGCUCCACGUCAGGCAUACAAUCAUUGAAUGAUUUGGGUUUGAAGGGACCUUAAAAAAUCAUUCACCUCCAACCCCCAUGCCAUGGGCAGGGACCACCUUCCUCUAGACCACGUUACUGCAAACUCCAUUCAACCUGGCCUUGAACGCUUGAAGGGAUGGGGCAAGCACAGAUUCCCUGAACAAUCUGUGCCAGUGCAUCACCACCCUCACAGGGAAUAAUUUUUUCCUAAUAGUCAAUCUAAACAUACCCUCUUUCAGUUUAAAAACAUCGUUCCAUAUCCUGUCCCUAGAGACCCUGGUAAAAAGUCUCUCUCAGUGCUUAUCAUCCCCUAUGAUGUAUUGAAAAGGCACAACAAGGUCUCCACAGAGCGUUCUCUUCUCCAGACCAAACCACAUCAACUGUCUCAGCCUUUCUUCAUAGGAGAGGAGUUAGCCCUCUCAUAAUUUUCAUGGCCUUGUCUGAACCUGCUUGAACAGGUCCGUGUCUGUCAUGUACUGGGCACCUCAGAGCUGGAACGCUGAACUCUGGGUGGGGAGGUGGGCUGGGGUAGAGGGGAAGAAUCACCUCUCAGCCUGCUGGCUGUGCUUGUUUUUAUGUAGCCCAGGCUGCAGGACAGCUUUCUGGGCUGCAAGUGCAUUUUACUAAGUCACGUCUAGUUUUCCAUCUAGCCAUGUAUCCAAGUCCUUUGCUGCAGGGCUGCUCUCAAUCCAUUUCACUCCCCCACUCUGUACUGAUACUGAGUAGGUUGCAAGUAAAGCUCAAUAAAUAUACAUGUGAAGUCCCCGGUAAACUCCAUCUCUGGACUACUUUCAGUUCCCUUUUCAAAUCCAUUAUUUUAAGUAUAUGAAACAUACCAGUCCAGGUCAAGAACACUAUACUAGGGUUUAUGCUCCAUU